GGGAGAAGUAAGUUAGAAAGUAACAGAUGGAAAAACAGAGUGAAAGCCGCUCAGCUGUUUCCGCAAAGGUUUUUUUUGGCAUCCCGCUGAACGAGCCCGGACGCGCGCAUCAUCGCAGGCUGCGUCCUCCCCUUGACAACCGGCCCGCAUCACAGAAUAAUCCACCAAUGUUUAUUUUUAGACGCUCUCGGGCCGCCGAGUGCCACUCUCGGGCUACACACAUCCCAUGUUCCUCCGGUCAAUUAUUCAUAUGUUUUAGGCCUGCAGCGAGGAGUCGGAGAGCAGGACUGCCACAGCUCGCAUCUGCGGGACGCCCAAAAACAGGCGAGGUGCAGAAAUGCAACCGAAAACUACGAGGCAACAGAUCCCACAGCAGACCAACAACCGACCAGCUACACAGACACGGAAGCACACCAGCUCCCUGAAAACCCAAACAAAGGCCUCCAUGACCACAGAGUACCGGGAGAGGUUCCUUCCCCCCUCCUGUUUUAGGGCAAUCGUGUCACCAACAGCAAAGAAGAGCCUUUGCCAUCCACUGAAGGGGAGGAGGGAUGAAAUUACCUCUUUGAGACCAAUGCAUGUUAGGCACCACUGGAUAAAAAAGCCACCUAAGCCAGAGCCACCAGACCCAGCACCCAGAGACUACAGAAGAUGCAAAAGCGCUCAACUCAAUGCUGCAAACUGUUCGGCCAACCAGACGCCACCCAAGGCUGACUACACUAGUGUCUAUCAAAAUGAUUUUAAGCAGUGGGAAGCCAGCAAGCGCCAGCCGUACAUCCUGAAAGACAGCCUGACACUCGAGCAUGGAUUAGGUAAUCUGCUCGUGCCGCAGCGAGAAACAGAUCCCACUGGAAACACCACCAGCUACAAAUCAGAUUAUGUCCACCAUCCAGCACACCCCAGACCAGUGAAGCUGAAGCACUCCAACCAAAGCAGCUACGAUCUCCCGUUAGAGCCUAGAUUGCCCUUCAAGCCAAAGCAGGCUUGGUCUACAUACCGAGACUUUCUUGACGAAGCCAGUGAUUUUUAUGAAAAAUUCAACAGUUGUUCCCUUGAUACUAAGUUUCAGGGCCACACCAAAGAUUUCACUUCACCAGCGGACCACAGCGUUCAGUGUCAGGUCAGUGUGCAAAACCUGUCAACCAGUGAGAAAAAUGACGUCCCCUGCCAAGCUGCGACCACCAUGACGGAGGGCAGCGGAGUCUGGGAUGCGCCGCAAAGCUUCACCGCUGUGAAACCCACUUUGUCAGCGGGCAAACCUAAAUUUACUGACGGCUGCAAAGCAAGUCCAAAGGCAUCGAGCCGACACACCAAAAUAAACAAGACUGCGGGCUGUAAUUCCACCCGAGAUGCCACACGGAAACCUCAGCGUCCUGCUGAGCUUGAAGUGCUUUCAGGCUUCGAAUGCUCCUCGGGGAACGGAGCAUCCAAGAUGUACUGGUACGGCAAUUUGGGCCGAGGAGGGACUCAGCCUCACGGCGAUGACUGUGUAGACCAUACCAACCAGAUAUUCAGCUGCAUGGCUUCUAGCAGACACUAAGAUCCUGCCACGUUACCUCAGGUAGUUUCUACUUUUACAGCAAUAAAAGCCAUAAAAAGUGAGACUGUGUAACAU